AUGCGGCUGGGCCCGAGGCCCGCGGCCCUGGGGCUGCUGCUGCUGCUGCUGCUGUGCGCGCCGGCGGCCGGCGCUGGGGACGCGCAGGGCGAGCACCGCAGCGACUACGACCGCGAGGCGCUGCUGGGCGGCCAGGAAGAAGUCGACGAGUAUGUUAAACUCGCUCCCGAAGAGCAACAGAAAAGACUGAAGUCGAUCGUAAAGAAGAUUGACUUGGACUCAGAUGGCUUUCUCACCGAAAGUGAGCUCAGUUCGUGGAUUCAGAUGUCCUUUAAACAUUAUGCGAUGCAAGAGGCGAAACAGCAGUUUGUGGAAUACGAUAAAAACAGCGAUGGGAGCGUGUCCUGGGACGAAUACAACAUCCAGAUGUACGACCGCGUGAUUGACUUUGACGAGAACACAGCUCUGGACGACGCGGAAGAGGAGUCCUUCAGGCAGCUUCAUCUAAAGGACAAGAAGCGCUUUGAAAAGGCAAACCAGGACUCGGAUCCCGGUUUGAAUCUUGAAGAAUUCAUUGCUUUCGAGCAUCCUGAAGAGGUUGAUUAUAUGACGGAAUUCGUCAUCGAAGAGGCUUUAGAAGAACAUGACAAAGACGGGGAUGGAUUUGUCAGUUUGGAAGAAUUCCUAGGUGACUACAGGCGGGACCCAGCAGCCAAUGAAGAUCCAGAGUGGAUACUUGUUGAGAAAGAUAGAUUCCUGAAUGAUUACGACAAGGAUUCGGACGGCAGGCUGGACCCUCAAGAGCUGCUGUCUUGGGUGGUGCCCAACAACCAGGGCAUUGCCCAGGAAGAGGCUCUCCACCUCAUCGACGAGAUGGAUCUGAACAAUGACAGGAAGCUCUCCGAGGCGGAGAUUCUGGAGAACCAGGACUUGUUCCUCACCAGCGAGGCCACAGACUAUGGCCGCCAGCUUCACGAUGAGUAUUUCUACCACGACGAGCUCUGA